ACGCCCAAACCGGGAUUGAAAUAACCAACCCAACAAAAAAAAAAAAACCCGUGGGUCUCUCUCCUCUCUCUCUCUCUGUGUCCGUCUGUGAUCUCCAAACCGGAGAUCAACAAUGGAGGAAUCAAAGGCGGCAGCCUACUACGACGAGCUCACACGGAAAGGCGAAGGAGCCGCCAGAUUCAAACAAGGCCUUGGCUUCUCCUCCACCUCCUCCGCCGCCUUCCCAACUAGAGGCUCAGCUCUCCUCACCAGCUUCGUCAGGGCUUCCAGCCCCUCCAAAGCCUUCGAAUACCAAAAACAAGCUCAACUCGAAACCAUCCAAAACAAGCUCAAGAAGAAACCAUCCGAAACAAGCGAACGAUCGUCUAGGGUUUCGAGAGAUUCGCGUCGGUCUUCGAGUAGAGAGAGGGAUGAUAACGGUCGGAAUUCCAGACGCCGCAGCCGAAGCCGAGAUAGGGACAGAGGUAGAGAUAGAGAGAGAGAGAGAGAUAGGGGUAGGCAUAGGGAUAGGGAUAGGGAUAGGGAUAGGGAUAGGGAUAGGAGGUCUCGGAGGAGAAGCCGGUCUCGGAGUGUAUCGGAUGAUGAAAGACGGGGGAGAAGGGGUCGGAGAGUGGAGAAGAGUGGGAAGGAGGGGAAUGGGGCAGUUGAUUUUGCGAAAUUGAUUGAAGGUUAUGACAAAAUGUCAGCUGCUGAAAGAGUCAAAGCCAAGAUGAAACUUCAGCUUUCUGAAACUGCUAAGAAGGAUGCAACGAAGGGGUCAGGAUGGGAACGCUUUGAGUUCGACAAAGAUGCUCCCCUUGAUGACGAGGAAAUUGAAGCUGUGGAAGAUGAUACAGCAUUGGUCAAGCGCAUUGGCCAAAGCUUUCGGUUUUCUGCCGUAGAGACAAGAAGGGAGGAACAAAUCAAGGCUGCCCAUGAUGAGGCCAUGUUUGGAGCCUCAUCUAUUCCACCUUCUGUUACUAAUGAAGAUGAAAUCGACCAGGAGAACAAAAAAAACGAGUCCAGCGAAAGUGCUCCUGCAACAAGUCUCCUAAGUGACACGAUAAUUGCAAAGCAACAAGGUUCUUGGCGCGACCGUGCUCGUAAAGUAUAGGACGGAUCAAUUGACUCAGAUCAUAAUUCGUGACCGAAGGACUGGACAUGGUUAGUGAACCUGUCACAAAUUGAGACAACUCUUAAGUGGUGCCAUGAUCUGCAAGGGAAACAUACCAAACCAAAUCGAGCCUUACAUCCCAAUCACUCGGGUUCAUUUGUAGUUAGAAUUGUAGGCUUGUAUUUUUAAUUAUCAGCCACUUACGGUAGAAAUAGUUUUGGGUAGACUGUUGUAGGUUAAAUGAAACACGUCGAUGUACAACAGAUUUGCUUUAAACUGUGAAGGAGCUGCUGAUUUAUUGUAUAGCUUUGGUGGUUUGGUCUGAAUUGUUGCGACUCUUCCCUGCUUGUAUUUACAUUACCUCUUAACUUUGUAUGAAAUUUCUGGAAUGCCCUCAAGAAAUGUAACAGUCAUCUCACUGCAUAAUUAAGGAUAAA